GAGAGGGGCCGGGGGACAUAAUGGUGGUGUCAGCGCGGAGCUGGCUCGCAAACGAGGGAGGAAAACACUUGGUCCUGAUGCUGUGGUUGGGAACUAAUAGCUGGCUCUUUGUCAAAACAUUCCUGAUGUACUCCGGCGGACUACAGUAUCACUACCUCUACAAGAUGCUUGGGCUCGGACUGUGCAUCAGCAGGGCUUCUGCAUCCGUGCUGAACCUGAACUGCAGCUUGGUGCUGCUGCCCAUGUGUCGCUCUCUGCUCACCUUUGUCCGAGGAACACACGCGGUGUCAAGCCGAAAGACCCGGCGCCUGCUGGACAAGAGCAAGACCUUCCACGUGGCUUGCGGGGUUGCCAUCUGCAUCUUCUCCGUUGUUCACGUCUCCGCCCACCUGGUGAACGUCGUCAACUUCAGUCGCGGCUACUCGGAGGACUUCCCCGCUCUUAAUUUAGCUCGCUACAAAGGAGAGGAUCCAGAAGUAAUUAUUCUGACCACAGUUCCGGGAGUCACUGGCGUCCUGCUGGUCCUCAUCCUUUUCUUGAUGUUCACGUCGUCCUCCCACUGUGUGCGGAUACACAACUACGAAAUCUUCUGGUACACGCACAACCUGUUCAUCAUCUUCUACGUCAUCCUCAUGGUGCACAUGGUUGGAGGAGCGCUGAAGUACCAGAGCAACGUCGAGGCCCACCCACCCGGGUGCUCACGGGCCAAUCGCAGCGUCCCGGAGGAGCCGGAGCGACGCGAUGACGCCGAGAUGCGAUGCGGGGAGGAGGCUCGCUUCCAAGCUCACUGCCCGCAGACGUGGCUGUGGGUGUCGGGCCCCCUGUGUCUCUACUGCGCGGAGCGUUUGUACCGCUACAUCCGGAGCAGCGAACCGGUUACCGUAGUGGCCGUCAUCGAGCACCCGUGCGACGUCAUCGAGUUGCGAAUGCUGAAGAAGAACUUUAAAGCCCGGCCGGGUCAGUAUAUCGUCCUCAACUGUCCAAAUGUGUCGUCAUUUGAGAAUCAUCCUUUCACGCUGACGGCGUGUCCCACGGAGAACAAAGAAACAUUUGGCGUCCAUCUCCGGGUUGUGGGAGACUGGACUGAGCGCUUCACGCAGCUGUUGCUUCCUGACACGAGGAGGGACUUAGACAUCCUCCCUGUGGUUCACCAGAGGAGAUACCCCAAGCUUUACGUGGACGGCCCGUUUGGAAGUCCUUCGGAGGAAGUGUUCAAUUACGACGUCAGCCUUUGUGUCGCCGGCGGGAUCGGCGUCACGCCGUUCGCCUGCGUCCUGCACGCUCUGCUUGACGGCUGGAAGGGGUUCAGGUUGAAGAGGCUGUACUUCGUCUGGGUCUGCAGGGAACUUCAGUCCUUCUACUGGUUCACAGAGUUGCUGUGCGCCUUGCAUCAUAAGUUAUGGCAUGAAAACAGACCCGACUAUUUGAACUUGAAACUGUACAUCAGUCAGGCGGACAACCGGCAGUGCAUAUCAGAGGAGAGGUACCGGCCGCUUGCGUCACGGCUGCUGGUGGGUCGACCCAGGUGGAAGUUGCUCUUCGAUGACAUCGGCAGGACCAAUAAGCACAAGCGAGUGGGCGUGUUCUGUUGCGGACCCAAAGGCAUCUCCAGGACCCUCCGCAGACUGUGCAACUCGGCCCGGUUCCCCGGAACCACUUUUGAAUUCAACAAGGAGUCCUUCAGCUGAUCGGCCGAGAAAAGAAAAAAAGCUGCGUCGGAUUUCAUCGCUCGUCGUCGGCUUUAUGAAAUACGGCCGCUCGGAAAGAAAAAAAGAUGCCUGAAACUUUGGCGAUUGACACCGAGACCGUGCUCUGAAGUUCACCGGGAGUUUGUGGACGGCCCGCGUCGCCCUGAACCGACGACAAUGCGCUUCGUUUUGGAAGCUGCGAUUGGAUCUUUGCUCGGAUGACGGAUCGAUCCGUCGUGUCAAGAAGAAUGAUUGAAUCAUCCCACAAUGGGAAAUUUGUACUUGUUUUUUGUUUUUACACUUUAUACAUACCAACACAAUUGUAUUUUAGAUGCACAAGUGGGGCGAGGAUUUCGUGACAGUCAAGUGACCAUAAAUUGUAAGAAAAAAAAAUGCACAUCUCAAAGAAGUGGUUCUAUCUAUCUAUCUAUCUAUCUAUCUAUCUAUCUAUCUAUCUAUCUAUCUAUCUAUCUAUCUAUCUAUCUAUCUAUCUAUCUAUCUAUCUAUCUAUCUAUCUAUCUAUCUAUCUAUCUAUCUAUCUAUCUAUCUAUCUAUCUAUCUAUCUAUCUAUCUAUCUAUCUAUCUAUCUAUCUAUCUAUCUAUCUAUCUCGCUCUCUCUCUCAAUAA